CCCAUCUCGUUGAGCACAACUGUAUUUCCUUCUCUUCUUUCUCUUCUGCUUAGGUCUUUACGACGGGCGCGACAUUGAAAUGCGCAGUCUUUCAUUACGCUGUGUCCGGCUAUCGCAGCCAACAUGGAUAGCUGCCACAUCCUCCAAGACCAUAGUGCGGCAUAACUCGACACGAACACACCUCAGUCCUCUUCAAGAGGACUACCGCCACAUAAUGCGCGCCAUUACCGCCAAUGUUGUCAUCCUCACCUCGCCACCCGCAACCUCACGUAACUCCGAACCUUCGAAACCCCGCGCAAUGACCCUGUCCUCCUUCACGAGCCUCAGUAUAUCACCUACGCCAUUAAUCACCUUCAAUAUUGCCACGCCUAGUCGGACACUCACGGCGUUGACCGAAAAUCCACGAUUUAACAUACAUAUUCCCCUGGCAGCAGCCGCCGGAGCCAAGUUGGCGCACAGGUUCACAAAGGGAAACUCAGAGAGUAUGUGGGAGGGGCUCAAAUGGGACGAGCAUGGAGUCAUACAUGAUGAUGGCGUCAUGGCGGUGUUAAAGUGCAGGCUGGCUGCCGGCGACAAAUUUCCUCCUGGCGGCAUGAUCCAAGUCGGUGACCAUGCGGUUGUGGUUGGCAAAGUGGAGGAAGCGAGACCCGGAGGCGAUGAUCACUCUGCAUUGACACACUGGCAGGGCAAUUACAGAGGGUACGGCAUGGAAUUGGAUAUACCAUAAGGAGCAAGGUCCUACAAAUGUAUCAUAACGGCAGAGACAAGCGAUUGAUUUCGACAAAUACCACCAACCACACCACGGCCAUUGUUGGAUAUGCCACAAUGGGCUAAGGAUGACUAUGCGGUGUUCGACGAACGGGACCUCUCGAAGAGGACAUCGCCGUGAUUCCCAUCAAUCUCGAUGAGACGCACGGAGUGACCGGCGCGGGCCAGGUUUGCGUAUCCAGGUCGGAAGAAUUCUUGGGUAUGAGGCCUCAUGAGGGCGUACAUUUCGAUGAGAUCAUGUUCAUCUCACGAGGCCACGAUGCGACUCGUAAGCAGCCAGAUGUGCUUACAGUAAUUUGCCCUUCAGAGAUGAGCACCCGACAAUAUUCUCGAAGUAUGAGUUGUCGCAACUACGUAUCGAACUAUCGAUCAACAUACGGG